GAGGGUUCUUUUUUAAUGUAACAACUGUUGUGGUGUUACAUGAUUACAGCCUCGGUAUUAGUUCUAAAUUUCAUGUUCAGUUAUGGAAGGUAGACAUAGUCGGGGACGCGGUGGAUAUUGGAAAAGAGGAGGUGGAGGUGGAGAUGGAGGUAACGCUGACAGCGGCAGUUCGGGAGAGCACAGGGGUCGCGGAAGAGGGGGCCACCAUCGUGGAAGAGGCAAACGGGAUCAUCGAAGAGGAAGAGGGCGCGAUUUCGGACCUCCUGCAGACUUUAGAGAGUUUCGACGAAAUCAAGAUGACCAUGACAACAAAGAAAAUAUUGAGGAAGUGGAGGAGGACAACACCUUCUCUAGACGAAAGCUUGAGUCCAACUGGGACCGUUAUAAGGAAUCUGAGAAAGAGGAAAUUAAUGAAGAUGUUCCUACACAGAGAGGCACCGACUAUCAUGUCCUCCUCACUUCAGCUGGUGACUCUUUCACUCAGUUCAGGUUCUCUGAUGAGAAGGACUGGGAGAUGGACUCGCUGGCAAAAAAUCAGAUUCCAGCUCUUUUUAUAGACCUGCCAGCUUUAACUCAGUCACUUCAAGAGCUUCCACUGCACACAAGACUGAACCUGGAGGCUGACCUUGUUCAGGCGACGACUCCUGUUGAACUGCCGCCUGCGACAGUCCCUCACAGAACUGAUUCGACACCGAAAGCUCCUCAGGCAGGCCGAGAGUCGGGCCCGGGCAUUUCCUGCAGUGUAAAGCCUGUUUCAAGUACCACAGCGUCACUCGGUGUCUCCACAUCCGUCCCUACUGCCACAGAUGAUGCUGACCAGGAGCUCGACCUUCUCCUCAGCUUGCAGAAACCCGUCACAGAACUUUCUUCAACUGAAUCCCACACUACAACAGAUGUUCUGAACUCCCCAACACAAGGUUCAGAGGAAGAAGAAAGAAAAGAUCAAAUGGUUGUUACGAAAGAGACGAAACCAGAAACCGAGACUGAACCUGAACCUACACGGCAGGAAGUGACAGAGGAGGAUCUGGAGGACUGGCUGGACAGCAUGAUCUCCUGACCUGAGAGAAGCACUUUCCUCACCGCUGACUGACACGGCUGUGGAUUAAAUCAGCACAUGCAGCUUUGCUAAUCUGCGUGGACGUGUACAUCAUACUGUGACACUUCGUGAAGUCUUAUAAUAGCCAAGACUAAUUCAGGCAUGUGGAAUAUAGAAUGCUUCCUCAAUAUAUUACUCAUAAAAAUACUGAUGUAAUGCUAACAGUUCUCAGAUGCAUCAUAUUCUCACUCCUCAUUUGACUCAUUUGAUUGCAUUCAGAUUAAACGCAGCUAUGGCCAGCUGGAAUUUAUUGCAUUGGCUACUUUAUUUUCGUUCCCCCUGCUCAAAACAAAUGCAAAUCACAAAAGCCACUACAUACAUACAAAUGGCCAUACAAUAGCAGUUUACAGUAUAGACUGUUCAAUAAAUUUGUUAAUCAUUUUUGUCCUUGAGUAUAGAUUUCCAUUGUUUUUGCAAUCGCACUUCAUAAAUGAUCAGGCAGACACGAUUUUAGUUAUUUAACCUUAACCAAACACUUUAAAAAAGCAGUGAUCAUCUUUACUCAUGAACCAUCAACUAAAGCUACAAAACUACUAACCUAGGUGAGACUGUCAGUGAGAGUCUAAACUAAAAUCCAAACUAGCAAAAAACAUACGAGCGGGAACCAAACGUUUGCAUAGUCUCUUGUCAUAAGGCACUUUUCUGUAUGAGAAACAUCUAGUGGACUGAAGCAGAUGGUCUUUAUAUUUCUCAUUCCACCAGUCAGAUUAUCAUCCUUAAAGGCAUUGCACAUUCUUCACAUUCUUUUUUUUCUUGUUGUUGUUGUUGUUGUUUGUUUUUAAAUCAAACAGGCAUAAAUUGUGUUUGGCACUCAGAAGGUAUUCUUGUGCAUAUUUGUGUAGACGUUCAUUCAACAUCAAAAACAUACAUAUGGUAACAUCUCAUCUCACAAGUUCAUGUGCAUUUGUGAGUUAAGCAAAUGAAUUUACCAUG